AAAAACCAAUUGGUUGGAUUAAAAAUCCACCACAUCAUAGUCCAUUUUUUGUAUUACCAUUAUUGUUUGUUUGUACAAUGUCAAUUAUUUAUAUUAAACAAUUUGAUUGGAUUCAAGAUUAUUCAAUGUAUCAAGCAAUGACUGGUCUAUUUCCAAAAGAUGGUCUACAUUAUCUAAUGCAAGGAUUAAUUAUUUGGUCAUUGAAUAGUAUGAUAAAUGGUUUUUAUGCAUCAUCACGUCGUUUUGAAGAUUAUGAUUUUCUAUUACCGAUUCGUUAUGAAAAAUAUCGUAAAUUAAAUGAUAAAAAUCAAAAAAAAUUCAAUCUAUUAAGAGAUCGUAUAUUUUCAAUGACACCAUUAUAUCAUGUUGCAUCAAUAGUAUUUAUAAUACAAUAUUAUUAUAAUCUAAGACAAAAAUCAUUUAUUCGUGAAAUCGAUAAACAUAAUCAUCAAUUAAAACGUUUUGUAUCGGUUAUAUUUACAUCGAUUACAGUAACAAUAACAUUUUUAGUAUAUCUUAUUACAAUGACUGAACAGAAUAUUAUAUUCAUAUGUCUUUAUUUGGUUGUAUUACAUUCACAUUAUAUGAUAUUAAUUUUAUUAAUUAUUGCAUCCGAUAUUAUUAAAGAUAAUAAUGAAAAAAUUUUACGUUUAAAACGUAAAUGUUUAUCAUUAUCAACAUUAGAUAAGAAAAUUUUUCUUAAUCGUCAAUUAUUUAAGUAUGAAUCAAUAACAAGUACAUUAUUAAAUCGUCCAUCAGGUUUUCAAUUAACCAAUGGUAUAAUAAUAACAUCAUAUACAUUUGUUACAUUUAUAUUCAAUAUAAUAGAAUUGUAG